UUUUGUAAACAUUUAUAAUUUUUAAGAUAACCUUAAAUAUUAAUAUUUGGUUAUUGAAUUAUAUUUCAAAAAUGGUAAACCCUAUCAAUAUAAGCUUAAAAAUGUUUAGAUCAAUAAAUAUAAUUCAAAAGUCGAACAUAUUAAAUCAAGAUGUUUAUAAUGUUGUAAAAAAUCGAUGUUACGCUACACAUAAAAGGUUUUAUCGGCGCACUGAUAUUGUUCAAAAUGAUAAAAAUUGGGAGGUGACCUUGGACCACCGUCGAUUGAAAACUCCAAAUGGUCGCAUAUUAACUGUAAAUAGUGAACCUCUUGCUCGAGCCAUAGCGAUAGAAUGGGAUGCUCAAAGUGAAUACAUAGCUCAACCAACAAUGCAUUUGACAGCUUUAUGCAACACAUCAUUAGAUAAUCCAGGAAAGCUGAGUUCUCAUGAUAUAACCAGUUACUUACUCGAUUUUAUUGCAACAGACACCUUACUUUUUCAUUCAGAGGAGGAAGAAUUGAAAGCAUUACAAGAAAAAAAGUGGGAUCCUGUAUUGGAGUGGUUUAAUAAUCGGUUUGGAGUUAAACAAGAAGUCUCUAAUGAUCUCCUUCCUCCACCUAUAUCCACUGAGACAAGAGCUAUUUUAGCAAGACAUUUCUUAUCCUAUGACUUUCCAGCUUUAAAUGCUAUGUGCUUUGGUAUAGAAGCUCUCAAGUCACCAAUACUCAUGCUGGCCUGUGUAGAUAGAUUUUUAGAUCCAAAAGAAGCCGUAUUGUUGUCAAGACUGGAGGAGGAAUAUCAGGUCCUCCGAUGGGGACGAGUCCCUUGGGCACACGAACUCAACCAAGCGGAGAUGAGCGCCCGCGUGUCGGCUUCAUUACUCGUCAUACAAAGUUCUACCGAACGACACUCAGCUACUGCUAAAAAAACUCAAGGAGAACAAGACACAUAAUUCGUAUUUUAUUAUAUAGGUUUAAAAAAAAAUAAAGAAAAUUUUAUUAUUAGUAGUUAAAAAAA